AUGACAAAGUUUGCACCAGCACUGGAUGACUUGGGUGUCGUGGCGCCUGCUCCGCGUCAGCGCUAUGUGACGGUGGCUUUUAUCGGCACAGGCGUGCAACUAGGUACGCGAUCAGCAAUAUCCAACACGGGGCGGUUUCUUUGGGAGCGUGCCUUUGCGGGGUCCGACGCGAAACGUCUACGCGUUCGACACCAGUGCCGAGAAGGUCGUCUGCGGCUUGGGUCACCGGUUGCACCUCGAGCCAGCUGGGGCACGCCCGGGCAACGCCUAUCGAAUCUGACACAAAGCUUAGCAGUCGGUUUGUAUAUGGUCCCGCUGCUGUUUUGUUUCGUGGAUCCAAUGGGACUGUUUGCCGCGCCUUCGCCAGCUUUCAAGCUACCACCGGUCGAUAUGACGGACCCGAACCGGUGCAACUUGACGUCGUCGACGAUUGGCCAAGCGAAUGCUGCACGCGAUAAGUUCCUAGACGGGAGGUUUUGCGAUUUACGCGGUAGAGACUUUAGUGGAUAUGAUCUGAGUGGGGUUCUGCUCGAAGGCGCAACCGCGGAUGAGGCGCGUUUCCGGUCCACGCAGCUGAGCAAGGCAUACGCACCGGGCUUCAAAUGCCGCAGAUGCGAUUUCGAGGACGCAGUCGUUGACCGUGUCAACUUUGAGAAUGCUGAUCUCAGUGGAAGCGUUUUUAGGAAUGCGGUUCUUUCAGAUUCAAUGUUCAGCGAUGGUACGAAUGUGCGUGAUGUUGACUUUACAGAUGUCUAUAUUGGCGAGUACGGCUUGAGACGGCUAUGCCGAAACCCGACGCUCGACGGAGAGAAUCCGCUGACCGGUGCCCCGACUCGUGCAUCUCUCGGAUGUCGAGCGGAGCGCUAG